AGAAACAAAAGAAACGACUUGACGUUUGGGUUGCGGUCAACGCUUCAGACGGAUUGGUUCAGAGAUGUUUCGUAGUAUCGGCCAAUCAUGAUCGUUGUGGUCCUUGAAUGGUCCCAUAGGGACCCUUGUAGGUUCACAAAUCAACCCCGCAAUUUCCAAUGGAAACGGAAGUACCCCGAUCAGUUAAACAGAAGACGAACUCUUGCAGAGAAAAAUCAUUAACACUUGGAUUUGUCUACUUCUUUUUUCGUUCUUUGCCGUAGUUUCCAAGAAAAUAAGAUUUGUUUAUUCAUUUAAUACUCUGAUUUUGAUAAAGACAUGCGUUUGGUCGUCUUUAAAGACCUAGUCAUGUCUUUUGCUUCUUGUCCUCCUCUGUUUUGCAAGACGAGCAAAAACUUCAAAAGGUGCGUUCUAAGCUUUUCUCGAUAAGGUAUUACAGUUUAAGCUUCGAUGAACAAUAUAAAGCUUGGCGUUGAAGUCAUCAGCGCGCAUGGUCUGUUCAACACAGACAAGCAAAACUCAUGUAGCCCUUUCGUGGAGCUAAAGUUCGAUAACCAGAUAUUCCGCACAACUACCAAACCCAACGACCCGAACCCCGUCUGGCACGAGUCUUUCUACUUCGCUGUCUCUGAUCCUUCCUUCCUCUCCACCCGUACGCUCGAAGCCCAUGUCUACAGCUACCAGGACGGAACCGACGCUAAGCCCUUUCUCGGCAAAGUCCGAGUCAACGGAACAUCCUUUGUUCCUCACUCUGAAGCAGCUCCUUUCAACUACCCUCUAGAGAAACGCAGCAUUUUCUCUAGAGCGCGUGGAGAGCUUGGUUUGAGAGUCUUCAUCACAGAAGACCCUUCUAUCACACCUUCUCUCCCAGCCCAAGUUCAAGAGUCUCCUCCAGCUAAUUAUAUCCCUAGUCCACGUAGAGAGCCCGUAAGCGCCCUAAUCGCAGCUGCUGCUAACAUGGUUUCUGCUGAUCAUAAGCCUAAACCACGUACGUUUUAUAACGUUACCCCUUCAACGAACCAACAACAGCAACAACAGCCAACGAUGAUGAACUAUGGGAUGCAGGAGAUGAGAGCUGCUGCGCCUAUGCCUCCAAGAGUAGUUCAAUACAACAACAACGGCCCAGGCCCAUCAUCAGAUUUCUCUGUCAAAGAGACGAGCCCUUUCCUGGGAGGUGGACAGAUCAUCGGAGGAAGAGUGGUUCGUGGCACACAGAGACCAGCGAGCGGCACAUACGAUCUGGUCGAAGAGAUGAGAUAUCUCUUCGUGAGAGUCGUGAAGGCGCGUGAUCUCCCCGACAGAGACCUCACGGGAAGCUUAGACCCUUACGUCGAAGUAAAGAUAGGAAACUUCAAAGGAGUCACAAGACAUUUGGACAAGAACUCUGAUCCGGAGUGGAACCAAAUCUUUGCCUUCGCUAGAGAGAAUCUUCAGUCCAACGUUCUUGAAAUCGUCGUCAAGGAUAAAGACCUCGUCCUCGAUGAUUACGUCGGCACUGUUCGAUUCGAUCUCCAUGAGGUUCGGUUUCGUGUUCCUCCGGAUAGUCCUCUAGCUCCCGAGUGGUACAGACUUGAGAACAAGAGAGGCGAGAAGAAGAAAGCUGAGAUCAUGCUUGCUGUCUGGGAAGGUACUCAAGCUGAUGAAGCCUUCGGUGAUGCUGUCUUCUCAGACUCAUUGACAUCUUCAGACAGCUCAGACAUCAUCUCCGCCAACCUCCGGUCCAAAGUGUAUCAUUCUCCUCGGCUAUGGUACCUAAGGGUGAAGAUAAUAGAGGCUCAGGACGUGAUCAUCGUCUCUGACAAGUCCCGUCUCCCCGAAGCCUUUGUGAGGAUCCAGAUCGGUAACCAGAUGUUAAAGACUAAAGUGGCUCAGAGAAGCUUUCAUCCGAGAUGGGACCAGGAGUUCAUGUUUGUAGUAGCGGAACCCUUCGAGGAUCAGAUGAUCCUCUCGGUGGAAGAUCACUCAGCAGCUAACAGAGACGAGCCAGUAGGCCAAGCUGUGAUCCCACUCUCUGGUAUCGAGAGACGAACGGACGAUAGAAUGUUCCGUAGCCGCUGGUUCCAUUUGGAAAACUCGAUCUCAGACGCUAUGGACGAGGACAAAGCCAAGAAAGUGAAGUUCGCUACUAGGCUCCACGUGGCGGCGGUUCUCGAAGGAGGCUACCAUGUCUUUGACGAGUCUACUUACUACAGCAGCGAUCUAAGGCCCACAGCGAGACCCCUCUGGAAACAAUCUAUAGGAGUUUUAGAGCUUGGGAUACUCGGCGCGAACGGUCUCCACCCGGUGAAAACUAGGGACGGGAAAGGCACUUCGGACACGUACGUUGUUGCUAAGUACGGACACAAGUGGGUUCGGUCGAGAACUGUGAUCAACAGUUUGAGUCCAAAGUACAAUGAGCAAUACACAUGGGAGGUUUACGACCCCGCGACCGUGUUAACGAUCUGCGUCUUCGACAACGGUCAUUUCGCAGCAGCCGGAGGAGGAGGAAACAACAGAGAUCAGACCAUUGGGAAAGUCCGGAUCAGACUCUCCACUCUUCAGACGGGACGUGUCUACACUCACGCGUACCCUUUACUAGUACUAACCCAAUCUGGACUCAAGAAAAGAGGAGAGCUUCAGUUAGCAGUGAGGCUCACAUGCACAUCAGUCUCCACCAUGAUGAUGAAAUACACAAAACCUCUCUUGCCUAAAAUGCAUUACACGCAGCCUUUAUCCGUAAACCUACAGGAAAUGCUGAGAGUCCAGGCUCUCAGCAUAAUUGUGGGUCGCUUAGGCAGGUCGGAGCCGCCGCUCAGACGAGAAGUAGUCGAGUACAUGACGGAUGCAAAGACUCAUCUGUUCAGCAUGAGGCGAAGCAAAGCCAACUUCUUUAGGUUCACGGCGGUGUUCUCUGGAGUGAUGUCUGUGUGGAAAUGGAUGGGGGAAGUGUGCAGCUGGAGGACGCCGGUGACGACAGCGCUGGUGCACGUGCUGUACACGAUGCUUGUGAUGUUCCCGGAGAUGAUUUUGCCGACUGUGUUUCUGUAUAUGGCUGUGAUGGGGCUGUGGAACUACAGGUUCAAGCCUAGGUUUCCUCCUCAUAUGGAUACCAAACUCUCUUGCACCGAGAGUGUGAAUGCUGAUGAGCUCGACGAAGAGUUUGAUAUCUUCCCCACCAUCAAGGCUCCAGAGAUUGUCAAAAUGAGGUACGAUCGGCUGAGAAUUGUGGCGGGGAAGAUACAGUCGGUGGUUGGAGACAUAGCGGCACAGGGAGAGCGCGUGCAGGCUUUGCUGAGCUGGCGUGAUCCACGCGCCACAGCGAUUUUUGUGACCUUCUGUUUCAUCGUUGCAAUGGUUCUGUACGUAACACCUUUUAAGAUGUUUGCUCUCCUCUCCGGUUACUACUUCAUGAGACACCCUAAGCUCAGACACCGCAUUCCAUCGGCUCCACUCAACUUCUUCAGGCGACUUCCGGCCAUGACAGACUCUAUGCUCUGAAUCAUCUUGUUCCAGAGAUAAAGAGGAGGAUUCAACAAACAAAUAUAUAUGUCUAUAUGGAACUCUUUUCAGAUUUUGAUUUGUAUCUGUCAACCAAUGUGUAUAUGUUGAGAAUCUCCAUGAGAAUCAUGUUCAUUGAUGAACUCGUCCCUCGAAAUAUAGAAGCAAGAUUAAACCCUAA